UGUUUGGAAAGGCAAAAGAAGGUGUUCAAGCAGUUGAUAUGAAUGUUAUCCGCAGGGGCAGAGUGUUAACUACAGAAGAGUCAGAAGAGUUAUGCAGGCCAUUUACUACUAAGGAAGUGGAGAUUGCCCUAUUUUCAAUUCCUUCUAACAAAUCACCGGGGCCUGAUGGAUUCACUUCAGGGUUUUAUAGAGCAGCUUGGUCAAUAAUUAAAAAUGAUGUCACGGCUGCUGUCUUUGACAGUGGGAAAAUCCUCAAGCAAAUUAAUGCCACCAAUAUUACUAUUGUUCCAAAGGUGAGUUGCCCAAAUGUUGUCAAUGAUUAUAGGCCAAUAGCUUGUUGUAAUGUCAUCUACAAGGUGAUAUCAAAGCUCUUAACCCAGAGGAUUAAUGAAGUGCUGAGCAUGCUGGUUAGCAAUAAUCAAACUGCAUUUGUGAAGGGCAGAUCUAUAACGACAAAUUUAUUGAUUUGCCAAGAUCUGAUGAGGAACUAUCAUAAAAGCAAGGGGCCAGCUAGAUGCUUAAUGAAAAUUGAUCUACAAAAAGCAUAUGAUUCAGUGGAUUGGGGUUAUGUUAAGGCAAUGUUAAGAGGGCUGAACUUCCCUGAUAGAUUUAUUAAUUGGCUUAUGCUUUGUGUUUCUACUACUAGAUUUUCUGUAUUGAUAAAUGGACAGCCAAAGGGUUAUUUUCAAGGGCAACGAGGGCUUCGACAAGGUGAUCCAAUCUCACCUUAUCUAUUUGUGCUAGUGAUGGAAUAUCUCACAAGGAAAUUGAAGGAGUUAGAAAUGCAGGAGAAGUUUAAAUAUCAUAGUAAGUGUCGAGUGAUGCAACUUACGCACUUGAUCUUUGCAGAUGACAUUAUGCUUUUUUGUAAGGCUGAUGAGGAGUCCAUUGUUUUGAUGAUGCAAAAGUUUGAGGAGUUUGCCCGAGUCUCUGGGUUGGAAGUGAAUAGAAUGAAGAGUCAGGUUUUCUUCAGUGGUGUUAGAGAAGGGCAGAAAGUUGCUUUAAUUCAAAAGUUGGGUUUUGCUUAGGGACAACUACCAAUAAGAUAUUUGGGGUUGCCAUUGAUUUCAAAAAAGCUGUCUCCUGGGGCAUGUCAACCUAUUAUCGAUAAAAUUCAUUAGAGAAUUGGCUCUUGGGCAACGAAAUUCCUUUCAUAUGCAGGUAGAGUUCAACUAGUUAACUUUGUUUUAUUCCACAUUCAAGUUUUUUGGAGUGGUGCUUUAUUGAUUCCUAAGAAAGUGUUAAAGCUAAU